AUGGAAGACAUAUUCCCAUCGACUGAGACGCCUGAGUGGGUGAUGCAACUGGCCAUCAUCCCGGCUUUCCGCGGCGACCAGGAACUAGGCACUAUAUCUCGUUGUCAGAUCUCGCACCCGAAGGAUGUGAACGGAAAAUUCGACAGAAGUCGGCUUGCUUCUUCGCGGCGAGCUGACGGCACGUGGAGACUAGAAGCGGAGAUCUUCCCGGCCCGCCCUGCAGAGUCUUUGGCGAUGCAACGGCGCAGCCAGAUCAGGUGGAUCAGCUUACCUUUUUGCAAGGGGGUGUGA